CAGCGUGUUCAGCAGACCGACUUGGCUGCGACUCUGGCGAUAGGGCUUGGCCUGCCAAUCCCAAAAACCAGUGUGGGCAGUCUGUUACUCCCAGUUGUGGAAAGAAAACCGAUGAGAGAACAACUGAGAUUUUUACAUUUAAAUACAGUACAGCUUAGCAAACUAUUAAAAGAAAAUGUGCCCUCAUAUCAAAAAGAUGUAAGGAACGACUCGUGGUUUUCAGCCGAACAGCGAAAGCACGGGGAGACCAUUCCGAGGUGGGAUGACUAGGAAGAGCAGGCCCGCAGGAUGCGGCGUUCACAGGGGAGCGGUUGGCUCUGAGGGGACCGUAAAUGAGGCGUUUCAAGGAGGAGGCAGUGAGCAGCUGUGUUAAUGCGGCUCAAGGUCAAAUCAAAUGAGCAGUUGGGGACUGAGCAUUCAUCUGGUAAGUGAGGUUGUCAGCAGCUUCGUUGGGGGCAGUUCACGUGGAGUGCUGGGAGGCCAGGCCGGGGUGUGUGCGGGCAGGGAGCUGGAGACGUCGGACAGGCAGCGCUGAGGGGAGCAGGGAAACAGACUGUUGUCUUAGGUGACUGAGGGCCAGGACAGGGUAUAUUGCUUUUGUUUUUAAACUGGGAGAAAUUAGGGGUUGUUUAUAUGCUGCAGGAAUGAUCCAGAAUGGGGGAGUGCAGCUCCCUGGGACCACAUUUUUAGUUUGCUCUGACCCAGCCAGGCGCUUCGCUGGGACUUGGCUGGGAAUCCUAGUCUGAGGCAGCAUUUAAUGCAGUGUUGGCAGGUUUUUUUCUACCGGAAAGGGUGGUGUCCUACCAAGUUGGGUGACUGCUCUGAGUUGAUGCUGAGAUGCAAACCGACCUAGAGUUGCUUGUGGAGGAAGCACGGCCAGUGGGAGUGGCCAAGCAGAGAUGUCCCGGAUGGCAGGGGGACUUGGGGAGCACCAGCUCUUUGCCCAUGAAGCCCCAGUGAGCAACUUUGUCAAAGGCGAGGGCCGGUCACAGCGCACAUUUCAGUCCAGACCAGGGACAACUGUUACUUUAUUGUUGUUCUUUUCAGAAAUAACCUAAUGAGCUUGGCAGCUUUUGCAUUGUUGUUACCGGUAAUGUGUACCCUUUUUCUUAUACUAACAGCCAGUAAAAACACCAGAGGGGGUUGUUUGCUUAUUUCAGGAACAGCAGUGUAGGGAGACCGGAGCACUUGGUGGGUGGCUGAGAAUGAGCCUGUGAAAUGAGCAUGGGCCAGUUCCUGGAAUGAGAAAGCAUCCGUGGGGUCUUACACACAUCGGGCGCCCUUUGUCUACACCAUCAGUGACUGUGUUUUUUGAAAAAAAACAACUGGGUAUGGGUCUGGUGCUUAAAUAGAUUUCAAGGCCUCCCACGAUGUCCAGCCCACUGUAAUACAACCUGCCCAUCGCUGGCUGACUGUCAGUUCCAGGAGAACAGGUUGUCCUCACCUCAGGAUAUGUGCAUGUCCUCUCCCUGCCGACCGGGCACUCUUCCCCAGUGUUCGCCUGGUUAACACCUGGCAUCCUUCGCAUUCUAGCUUAAAUGUCACACCUUCCCUGUCCCUGACCCUCAACCACAGUCUCCAAUGAGUUCCCUCUCCAUUGCCAGAAGUCUCAUGACUCCCUUGACUCUCCCUCCAUAGUGUAAUUACACACAAGUGUGAGCAUCCCUCUGGACAUCAGGCCCAGGCUGUUUACAGGCACCUGGUGCUCAGUCACUAUUUGUUUGGAUGCACACACAGGAGCCCCCAUGUCUCCAUGGCCCUGGGUGGUGGGGUGCCCCCCUGUCUCUGACCCUAGGUGGUGGGGAGUGGCACGUUAGAGUACCAGCCUGGGUCCAGGCCGCCUGAGUUCAGACCCAGCUCUCAUGCACCAGAUGAGCUGGUGUCCAGGCCACCUCCUCUCUGGCGAGGGCAUGAGAAUCAUCCUGUCUCAGAGGCUGGGGGGAGAGGACAAGCGCGCAGGGGCUUAGAUUUGUGCUAGCCACCAGCACUUGGCACCAGUCAACUGACUCCGGCACCCGUGGUGGGGCUGCAGGUGUUUGGCCCCGUGCUCCAGGAUUGUGCAGCAAGGAUGCUGGGCCAUGUGAGAUGGGUGGCUCGGUCUCUGUCCCUGCUGUGAUAAGGGAAGACUGGGGUGAGUACACUCCUGGUGGGCAGGGCAGUGCCUGAAAGACACAGCCUAGACUGCCUUGCCAUGGCUCUGCUGGAAACCAGAAGAGCAUGUUAAAUCCCAGGAAUCUCAGAAAGGAAAUCCUGCCUUGCUUGUGAAUCACAAGUGAGUGGUCCAGCUGCUUAAGGAAGGCAGGCCGCCACUGCCACCCAGAAGGGGGUGCUAGCUGCAGGAGGGACUGGACUUCAGGAGCUGUUCCGUCACCUGGCUUUGCAUGGGGGUAAGGCCUUCAGCUGGGUACUGCACACUGGAGAUGUGGCUUCCCAUGCGGCAGGACAUGCUAGACCACCGUUGCCUUCCGAAGCAGAUGAGUGCGGAAGAGCAAGUCAGAAGUGCCUGGAAGACAAGAGCGACCAGCCCGCACUGGGGAAGUGGGUGUGUGGGUGAGGCGUCAGGCCGCUGCCCACCCAGUCCUCACCAUGCGUGAGCCUCGGCCAACACCUAUUAAUGUAAUGCAUUUCUGGGUUGUUUUAUAUCUCAGUUAAAGAAAAAAAGAGUGGAGGGGCGGGGAGGAGGUAAGGCCAGGUGCAAGGGGUAGAGAGAGAGGCAGAGCGGUGUGCAGGCACGCCCGUCUGUGUGUGCACGGCCGUGUGCUGAGGGCCGCGGCAGGCUGGCAGGCAGGCAGGAUGUCCGAGAGCACACAGGCACGGCCAGCUGUUACAGUUCCAUCGAAGGUGUCACUGGCUGCCCUUUAAGAGGUAGUUCCUUGUUAGGUAUCAGUCUUUGCCGUAGGUGGUGAAUGAUCGAACACUUUGAAAUUAUUAACUUGCGUUCGUGUCCAUGGUCUGUGUAUGUAACCUCUUCCUCUUCUUCUUAGAGCCUGGAUUUCAGCAGUUUAAAAUGUCAGAAAAGUUGCAUGGGAACUGGAUCAGACUAUACUUGGAGGAAAAUAACUCAGAAGUCCUUUCUAACCUGGGAAUCAAGGUUCGCAGGCAGUAUUUGGAUGCCUUGAGGACCCUGGGGCUGUCCCUGAGCAGACAGGCAGCCCAGUAUGACAUCUACUCCAUGGUGGUAGGGGCCGUCGUGGUUUUGGAGGUUCUCGCCCUACUCCUGCUCAGUGUCCCGCAGGCGCUGGGCCACAAGGCCGAGCUGGAAGUCACUCUGUCGCCGCCUGUGUUCUCUCUGCUCUUUUAUUUGGUGUCCCUGAUUCUCUGGGCCCUUCACGUCACCGUGUGCACCUCGGCUGAGGGCUCCUGCUACCUGUGCAGCCUCUCCUGGCCGGCAGCAGGCGCUGUGCUGAUGCUCAUCUCCGCGCUGCUGUGUGCCGUUCUGUCUGCUCUUACCGAGGCGGUGGCCAGCGGGCAGCUUCUGAGUAAGAAUCCAGCUCAUUCCAACUCACGGUGGUCGGAGUUAGAUCUUCUUAUCCUUUUGGGGACUGUGGGCCACGUGUUAAGUCUGGGUGCCAGCAGCUUCAUUGAGGAGGAGCACCAGACCUGGUACUUCCUUGUUAACACCCUGUGUCUAGCUCUGUGUCAUGAAAUCUGCAGAAACUGCUUUCUGGGAGACGACUGUGAGCCUCAGCAUUGCUUACACGUGGAAGAAGGAUUUGACGGCGCCGCCCCCACCUUGCAGGACAAGAACGCCAGCUGUGACGUGCCAGAGCUGGGCAGAGUGACUAAGCGCCCCUCCUCCCUUGGCACGCUCCAAGGCGGUGAAAAGUGGAUGGUGAUAGCGAGCCCGUGGUUGGUACUCGCCUGCUGCCGGCUGCUGCGGUCACUGAAUCAGACGGGUGUACAGUGGGCCCACCGGCCGGACCUGGGGCACUGGCUCACCAGCUCCGAUCAUAAAACCGAGCUCUCUGUCCUGGCCGCCCUGUCCCUCGCCAUGACCUUCGCAUUGGUUCAGAGGAGGUGCUCCCUGACUUCGAAAUUAGCCUUGGCACUUGGCCUGCUGGGCGUCUAUUGCUACAGGGCGGCCAUUGGAAAUGUGCUGUUCCCAUGGCAACAAGACAACAAAGACGUUUCAAAGGGUGUCACUGAGGCUCGUCUCGUCCAUGCUUUUGUCCUUGGCAUUCUGUUCCUGGGCACCAAGGACUUGCUUAAAUCCCAGGUCAUCACUGCAGGCUUCACAGCCAAGACUGUGGGUUCCUGGGAGGUACACAGUGGAUUAGUGCUUCUGGCCGCUCUGCUGUUUAGGCCACAUAAUCUUCCGGUCUUAGUGUGUAGCCUCUUGAUCCAGACCAUGAUGACGAAGUUCAUCUGGAAGCCCCUGCGGCACGGUGCGGCUGAGGUCACUGUGAUGCAUUACUGGUUCGGUCAAGCAUUCUUCUAUUUUCAGGGAAACUCCAAUAAUAUCGCCACAGUGGACAUCUCAGCAGGCUUUGUGGGCCUGGACACCUACAUGGAGAUUCCAGCCAUGUUCCUGACGGCAUUUGCUACAUAUACGGGGCCUGUGCUGUGGGCCAGCCACCUGGUGACGUUCCUGAGUUCAGAAACCAGCAGUUCGGCACUGAGUCGUGCUGGCUUCUGUUAUGCGCUGAUCUGUUCUUUUCCGGUUUCUGCAUACAUCGUUUUGGUGACAUCCCUGCGUUACCAUUUAUUUAUAUGGAGUGUGUUUUCUCCGAAACUUCUCUAUGAGGGAAUGCAUCUACUUAUCACAGCUGCUCUCUGUGUAUUCUUCACAGCCAUGGAUCAAACCAACACAGACUCUUACCUAAACUAUUAAGAAACUGAAAAAAUAAUAUAUUUUUAAAAUAUGUUAUAAAUGGAUUUGAGUAAUGAAAAAGUCUGUUUAAAUGCAAGAUCAUUCUUUUAAAAAGAUGUGAAUUCUAUAAGGUUAAUGAAUAGCUUAAGUUUCUUUACUGUACUUGAAUUUAGAUUAAAUAGCAAGUGACUUAAUAAUAAAAUACUCAGUUUGAGUCAUAUUCCCCUGUUGACAAUCACCCUAGAAACUUCUGAACUUUUAAUUUCCUCUGGGUAAGUUAUGAUAUGACCCAAAUACGUGUUUAACUAGAAUAAAAAGAUUCCAGAUCUGUCAUGUGUGUGAACUUCAGAGAGCCCAGGGGCUGUGGGAGGGGCCGUCUGCUGCCAGAAUUUACCUUGCAGAGCUCAGACCCCUUACCACCCUGGAGACCACUGAGGGUCCCAAGAAGAUGUGGUUUAUGUGGGUUACGUCUGUCAGCAUUUAUGGCAUUUGAAAUUAAAACUAAGACAUUUCAAAAAUAUUAGUCAUUUAGAAAUAAAGAUACAAGCCCAUUGCAUGUUACAACAUUAGGAAAAGCAAUUGAUUUCUAAAAAUAUUUAGCAAGAAUGGAAUUGUUUUACAUUUUUGCAAAUCUCUUUAAUCUUUGGUUUAAUUCAAGAAGAUUGGAUCCUGCAUUCAGUCUGUUGCUAUACGUGUGUUUGGUUGAACUAGUCACACAGAUAUGUAGUUGAAAAACAGAGUAUUUUAAUAUCCUUUUUUCUGAUCAUGGUGGAUAUUCUUUUUUGAUACUGUACUAAAACUAGACAAUUGAUAGCUUCUAAAGGGUAUGUGAAGAAAAAAUAAAUGCCUGAAACCCUAUUAAUGUCUUCACCCGAGUUGACAGAAUUGUACCGAUAUUAUUUGCCUGGUUUUGACAAGUACCGUCGCAAUGUAAGAUUAUCACUGGGGUAAGUUGGGUGAACAGUACAUGAAACACUCACUACUAUUUUUGCAACUUCUUGUGAGAUUUGAACUAUUUCAAAAUAAAAGCUAUUUUUAAAAAA